CCUCCCUCCUUUUACACGUUGCUCAGUGCUCGGAUACAGGAUGAAGCUUCCGGCCAUGUGGGAAUUUCUCCUAAUAGUGGCUCACGGUUGAAUCUGCGUGUUGGUUGAGGACGUUAGUUCAAACGUGCAUCCGGGCAGCUUCAUCAGAAGUGGCGAGCAGAAGCCUGGUAGGAGACAAAAAGUCAUCCAAUCUGUGCAGCCUUGAGGAUUGGAGAAGCUUUACUCCGCUUUCCUUGCCAGCGGAGUUGCUCAAAAUUUUGCACAAGGAGUGAGAAACUGCAACUUUUUCUGCUUUUUUUUAUCGAUUUCCCAGAAGAUGCUGAGUUUAUCUUUGGUGAAGAAGAAAAAGCUUUGAUGAGAUCUUCACGUGAUUAUCCCUGCUGAGGACCAGGAGCCGUUUCCAGUAAUUCAUCCUUCUGUGAAAAAGCUCUGAACAGCACCAACGAGGCGCCUAAGCUGCUCUGUCAAAUGGACACUGAUGCUGAACAGCUGUUGCUUUUCACCAUCUCAUCUCGGAGAGAAAAACGGACCAUUCAGGAGCUAUACAGCGCACGACAACGAUGCUGAAAAACUUGUUCGCAUCAAAGCACCUCGUACUUAGCAACUGAUGAGGAUGAGAGACGGUGUGAUGACCUACCUGUAUUUGGCAAGUGUGUUUUUCACCUCGUUGGAGAGAGGAGCACAGAGGAAAAAAAGUCAGCGAGAGGGAGCAGGGGAGGGGAAGAGCAAGCCAGCGAGGGAAGGUGUGAAGCCAACGCUUUGAAACAGAGAGAAGACGAACAGAGCUGAGAAAGACAGGGAGAAGAAACUGUGACAACUCUGCCAGGCUGAAGGAGUAAAAGGAAAAACAGAGCGUAUCAAAGAGCUGGCCGUGCGCCCAUUUAGGAUCGUGUUUUGUCAAAGCCAUACAGGGAAGCCUCUUAAUGGAUCCACAAAAGUGUGCCUCCCUCUGACCUGUCAACUGCAACACAGACAGAUAACAACAUGGAUGUAGAUCCUCCAAACAGCACUUUUACCAACGCAUCACAGGUGGCUCCCUUCAAUGUCUGGGAGGUCAUAACCAUCGCUACAGUGUCAGCCAUUGUCAGCUUGAUAACUAUCGUGGGUAACGUGCUGGUGCUGCUGUCUUUCAAAGUCAACAGCCAGCUGAAGACUGUUAACAACUACUACCUGCUGAGUUUGGCGUUCGCUGACCUCAUCAUCGGAGUGUUGUCCAUGAACUUAUACACCACGUACAUCCUGAUGGGUUACUGGUCCUUGGGGAACCUCGCAUGUGAUCUCUGGCUGGCAGUGGAUUAUGUAGCCAGCAAUGCCUCAGUUAUGAACUUACUCGUCAUCAGCUUCGACAGGUACUUCUCCAUCACGAGGCCGCUGACAUACAGAGCUAAAAGGACUCCAAAGAGAGCUGCCAUCAUGAUCGGCCUCGCUUGGCUGGUGUCUUUUGUCCUCUGGGCGCCACCCAUUCUGUGCUGGCAGUACUUUGUAGGGGAGAGAAACGUGCCUCCUGACCAGUGCCAGAUUCAGUUUUUAACAGAGCCUGUGAUCACAUUCGGCACAGCCAUUGCUGCUUUCUACAUCCCUGUCUCCGUUAUGACCAUCCUUUACUGUAGGAUCUACAAGGAGACGCAGAAACGGACCAAAGAUCUGGCAGAGCUGCAAGGGCUCGCGACAGAGAAUGUUCUUGAGGGGACUAAACCACAGAAAACGAUCAUUCAUUCUUGCUUUCAUUUCACCAGAGAGAGGAGGGACCGCAGUCAGGCCUCCUGGUCCUCAUCUAAUCAAAGUAAUGCCACUAAAACUACCACUAGAUCAGACGAGGCAUGGGUGAAGGCAGAUCAGAUCACUUCCUUUAACAGCUACUCCUCGUCUGAAGAGGAGGAGCAGCAUGUUUCAAUAGAAACUCCACAAGGAUCUUUCAAAGAGCAAGGCAGUGGAGAAAAUAACAAGAACGGGCAGGUGAAUGAUUACACAGAAGAUCUGUAUUUUUCCACUCCUAAGAAGAAAAGCAGUAAAAAACGCAUCUCUUAUAAAUUCAAACCUGGCUCAAAGGGUAAAAACGGCAAACCUACAACUGCCACGCCCUGCCUGCCUGAAGCAGAGCCGCCCGCCAAAAACACCUCCCCUUCCUCCUCCACCACCUCCAAACCCAUCGACCCCGUCCUGAAGAACCAGAUUACCAAGAGGAAGAGGAUGGUGCUGGUGAAGGAGAAGAAGGCAGCCCAGACUCUCAGCGCCAUCCUCCUGGCCUUCAUCCUCACAUGGACGCCGUACAACAUCAUGGUGCUCAUCUCCACCUUCUGUGCCGAGUGCAUCCCCACGUCCCUGUGGCACCUGGGCUACUGGCUGUGCUACGUCAACAGCACCAUCAACCCCAUGUGCUACGCCCUCUGCAACAAGACCUUUCAGAAGACCUUCCGCAUGCUGCUGCUCUGCCAGUGGAGGAGGAGGAGGAGAGGCGAAGACAAGCUGUACUGGUGUGGACAAAACCCAAACGUCAACAAUAAAAUGACUUGAUGUGGUGGACUUAUUGCUUUUGCCCACAUUUGGAUUUUCUUGAUAUAUACUGUAGUCAGUGUCAUCUUCAGCAUGAAGUGCUGCAUGUGAUUUUUGUGUUUAAGUGUUGGUAAAAAAUGAGCUGAGCCUGAUGCAGCACUUGAACUGCUGUCACAGAUUAUUACAGAAAAGAAACCUCAUCAAGACGGCGACACACUCUUACAAAGGUUAAAGGUUAAAGAACAGGUUCAGAUUAUUCAACAAGUCUAUCUUAAAGGAGAACUUGACUGAUUUUACACAUUAAAGGAGUUGUGUAUGAAUAUUAGAGCAUUAAUAUAGCAGUAAACAACUAUUUGUUGUGUAAGGAUAUAGUGGAAUAAUGGCGCCCUGAGCAGAGAAUAAAGUCACGCCACCUCUUGUGUGUUGUAAUAUGAGCUUCUCUGCCCACCCAGCUGUGUGAGUCCCUCCCUUUAUGUCCAGGCUCCCAGGAAUGCUGCUCCACCUUGCAGCCAAUUUUCCCCAGUGGCCACUCACAGUAUUGCAGCAAAAAAUCCCCAGUGGCUCAAAGAGCAUUCUCCCCAUAGGCCACCAUUAUAAAAGAGAUGUUUGUAAAGGUGUUGACAGGACACCUGGAACUGCAAUCAAGGUCAAUACUGACUCUUUUUAUGAUCAAUUUUUUAUCCAUGGAGGUUUUAUGUUUGUAAAAUUUUCCAGCAGCUGAGAAAAGCGAUUUACAAACCCCUGACAACAUCACAAUGUAAAAUCUGUGAGGUGAGCAGGAAGUUGCAGGCAGGGCUAGCGGGAGAAACACGGAGAAUAUUCAGUGGGCCCAAUACCGCAGACGUAAACUUGGAAAGUAGAAACUUUUUUUUGGCGCAUGCGUCAGGCGAGCACUUCAAUUGGAAUGAACAGACGGCACCUUGGCAUUUGGUAUCAAGGUAGGGUGACCAUAUUUUGAUUUUCAAAAAAGAGGACACUCGGCCGGCCACAACAUAGCCUACUUAAAUGAUACUCGCAGUUUACUCAAAGAUGCCUUAUCAUUUUAAUAUAUUUAAAAUUUUUAUCUAUGGAUAGAAAAUUCAGUUAUAUUACAAAAUAAUAUCUCUCAAAGACAGAAAUUCAGAUAGGCCCCUAUAGGGACACAUACACACACUAGAGUGUGCUGAUCCGAGCCCGACGGUACCCGGCGGGUCGGCCAGGUUUGUCAAAAAUUUAGCUAUAAAUUGUAUUUGGGCUCGGGUCGGAUUUGGUCAGCUUUCAGUAAAAAUGUAGUGUAAAAGUAAAUAAAAUCCUAUUGUCUGUCCUGUUUAUUGCUUGGGCACUGUUAUUUACGUGAUAACACCUGAACAUAACACACACAGACACACAUUGGCUGUUUGUUUCUACCUCUCCCCUUUCUGGAAGUCUCAGACCUCCAGCCGCCCGUCUCCGCCUUGAUUAAACGCUGAAAAUAAAAUAAAAGAGGGAGACAGGUUUUUCCUAUUUUAUCUUAUUUUGUUUUAUUUCUCCCUCUCCUCUCGCUGGAAACGUCAGACCUCCCGCCUCCCGAGCACACGGAAAACCGGACAUUAUCAUCAGUUUAUAAAAACCCCCGGACGCCCCGGACAGGACGUGAAAAGUGGACAUGUCUGGGCAAAAGAGGACGUUUGGUCAGCCUAUAUCAAGGUGUUAUUAUAAAUCUAUGUACAUGUCCCACUGGCUAGCUAACUGCAGUCGCUCUGACUACGCUCAUAAUGCGGUUACUAUUGACAAUGCUAUCUUGACUCACGGUGGCUGGACAGGGUUGUAGCAGAAGCUUAGCAACUGCCCUCUGGUUCCACCACAGGUCAACACCAUUAGCUUUGUCAACACUGUUGCUAUUGUAGCACUGUUUGCACUGUUAGCUGCUAGCCAUCUGCUCAGCCAUUGCCAUGUUGAGAGCCAUGUGUAGGCAAUCACGACCAUACUUUGAAUUAUAAAUUUGCCCUGAAUGUUGUAUGGAGUUUCUUUAAAGUCUGUUUACAGGUGUUGGGGAGUACGACUGAAUGUGAAAAAAAAAAUGUAUAAAGCUUUGUAGUUCCAGUGGGAGCUGCACAGUCUGAUAUACUGACUCAAGUGAUGUCACACUUGAUGCCUCAGCAUCAUUUGGUGCUGAAGACAUGUUUGAAAAUUAAAAAACCCUGAAGGUUAGAGGUUAGAAACAAGUCAGUCCUCUAUAGCUCCUCAUCUCUGUUUGAUGCUAAAUUAGCCACUACUAGCAUAACACACCCAAAUCUACAACCUAACUGUCGCAGUUGAGUUGUAUUGUGGGUAAUGUCUGCGCCAGGUUUUUACAAAGAAGUGUGUUACAGAGACAACACUGGUUCUGCUGCGUCAGUUUUGAACCUGUCCAUUAUGAGUCUAAAAUUAUCUAAGCAGUGCAACACUACAUCAGUGGAAUAUUCCUUUAUUACACAUGCUAACAUGUAUUAUAUUGAAAGAGUUAAUGAUUCCUCCUCUCCAUACUGGUGGUAAAGUCGUCUUCUCCAGCUGCGUCAUGACUCCAAUGUAAAAAUAUUUUCACGUUCAUAGAUUCUGUAAUUCUUUUAAUGAGGAAGAAGCAGAUAUAAUUCUGAUUAUAUUUAUACCUGUCAGUCACUGUGCAUUAUUGUGGUAAAAUCAUAUCUAAAACAAAUUAUUAUCCAAUGCAAAGUAUUUUAAUUUGUCUUAUUAGAUGUCUGGAUGGGAUCUUUAAGGAGCCACAGCUAAAACAAGCCUUCAGCUGCAGUAGGUGACAAACCACAACAUAUCAUCAGGGCAUAACAUAUCUAAACAUUCACUAUGCACAGUGUAGCCUAUUGAAUAACAUCAGUAUGUUGGGUGGAGGCUAACUUCCUUCAUCUUAUCAUGAACUCUAUUUUUUCAGCAGUUCUCUCUUGUAACUGAUUAUGUCUUUCAUGUGUUCAUAGUUAACCCUUUGAAAUCUGAGCAAAUUGGCUUCAAAAACAAAUAGCAAGAAAUUAGUAAAAAGAGAAAAUUAAAAACAAGAAAAUUAGUUUUAAAAAAGGGGAAAAAAGAAAAUUAAAAACAAAAAAGGAAGUUACCUUAAAAAAAAACCCCAAACAAACCUAAAAAUUUGUAACAUAAUUCUUUAUAUAAAAUAAUGAUAAUUAUAAAUAUAAUUAUUCCCUAUUUUCUUUUCAUUUUUCCCUAGCUUUUUAAAGGUAAUUUUCUAUCUUUUUUUUUGGUGCAAUUUGUGGAACCUUUUUUUACCAAGUUGCUCAUUGCCAUUUUCCCGUGUUUCUGAAAGAAUUCCCACCAAUUUACUCAGGGUUCAAAGGUUUGAAAAAGGCAUCUCAAAGCAACACUAGAAAAGUGAUGUCGCUCCAAGUUUCAAAGGCUUAAUUUGGUUCAGUAUGGUUUUGUUGGAUGGUCAAAGCUGCUAGCUUUGUUGCUAAUAAGUCCAACUACAGUGCCUAUAAAAAGUGUUCACCCACUGUUUUACUGUUUUACAACACUCUCAAUAAAAGUACAUUUCUUUGAGGCUUUUUUUAAAACACCCCACAUCAAUAUUAAUGUAUACCUUUCAUGUUUGAGUGAGAACAGAUCUCUUCAAAGUGACUUCAAUUAAUUACAGAUACAAAAUAAAAUCCAGUGUUUGACACUUCUUUUGGCACAGUAUUCUUUGAGAAUAUUUCUGUAAGGCACAGUGUUUGCUUUUGCUUUACAUCCACAAGUUGUUUUUGGAUUAAGCGUGUGACUGGGUAGGUAAAAAAAUUACAUCAAAAUUCUGAGUUGAAUUAUCAGGAAGGUGGCAGAGGGAUCAGGCUAAGCUGGGCAGAUGCAUAUUAGAUUUAGUGUUAACACUUUACUUGAAGGUAUCAUGUGUCAUGUCACCCUUAUGUAGAUACCUUCAAGUAAAGUGUUACCAAUUUACUGUUUGUCCAAUAAUCACUGGAGUCACUUCAGGGACAAUAUGGACCGGAGGAAUGAUUAAAGGAACUAGUGACAACAUAUAUAAUGUACGCACUGUAUGAGCUUGUGAUUAGCAACUGAACCUGUCCUUUAAACCACAUAUAAUCCUCCUUUAUUCUAUUGCUCACUUGCACUGUAUAUAAAGGAUAUGUUGUAGGCUCACACAUUUCAAAGUAAUUUAUAGUAUAACGAAUAUAUUUCACUGAUUCUGUUGGAUUUUACAACUCUCGAAUGAUAAAUGUAAAUUGCUUAGUGUGUAUCAGUGUUUGGUGAAUGUUUGUGUUUUUUAUCUCGGCUCUUGCAAUCGAUAUCUGAUCUUGUGUUCAAGGGCUAAUCUGUACAUUUCUGUGCAUUUACAGCUGCAUUAGUUUCACAGUGGUGACACGAGAUUGCUUAUGGAUCACAUCUCUGUUCUUGUCAAUAUUCAGAUUGCUGUAAAAAACAAAAAAACUAAAAAAAAAAACAAUGGUAUUUUGAAGCAACUUUAAAUAAUGACGCCUGACUGCCACCAUGUCUCUCUGAUGGAUGAGUGAUGCUGUUGUAAAUUAUUGCACUUCUAUGUCUCUUAAUGAUGUAUUGUCAGAUGUUAUCUCCCUGAACUCUGUGCCUUUUGUUCUGCUCAGAGGCAAAAGUGUUUUGUGAAUGAACCUGUGCUCAUUGUCUGUGUGAAGUUUUGUGAAGGUGAGUCUGUGUGUACUGAUAUGAACACUGAAAUACAAACUCAAAGGCAGAAUUCUACUUUCGUCAUGAACGUUUCUACAUCAAAUGUGUUGAAACUGAUCUGAUUUGGUUUGUACCUGUACUUUUUUUUUAAAGAAAUGAUGCUAAUCAUUACCUGCUCCAACAGCUGAGUAAU